CAAGCUCCAACAACAACAACAACAAGCCCCCAACAACAGCAAGCUCCAACAACAACAAGCACCCAACAACAGCAAGCUCCAACAACAACAAGCACCCAACAACAGCAAGCUCCAACAACAACAACAACAAGCUCCCAACAACAGCAAGCUCCAACAACAACAACAACA